UGGACGGAAGGUGGAGCCCCUGAGCUGCUUGUGACAGACUGCUAGUCGGCUCCCAGAAAAAGCUUGAAUUUGGGGAAAUGCUGAGUUACGGGGGUGGGGACACUUCCUCCAGGUCCUGACUCUGGAGUGGGUAAGAAGGUGGUGAAGGCCUCAGGGUACGGGUCACCCGUCCCUGCUUUGAUUUUCCAGCCACCCAGAUGCAGACCUGGGAAAUGAAAUCCUAAAGGUCAUUUGCAUCCCUCCACCCCUUCCCUAGGCACGUUCAGGACGUCCUCCAGCCAGCAUUUACCGAGAACCUUCUCCCUCUCACUAGCUGCAAUUUAUUUCCUUCCCCCUUCACCACCCUUUUUUACCACGACACUGAAGUGUCAACACACACUUCUAACCUUCCUCCAUAUUUCUCCUGGUCUGCCCUGUCCUUGCCUCCUCCCUCUCUCCACCCAGAGAAAGCCCCGCCCUUCCCUCCUCCCUCCCUCCCCAGCCUGUCACACAGGGACAUCACCCUACAGCAGUUCAGGCUGUGUGGUUCGCAGGAAGCAUACACCGGCUUUUUGAUUCCUGCUAGUUUUCAGUUAAUAUUUUGAGAUCUAACACCAGCCUUCACGUCAAGCGGGCCAAGGACAGUGAGGAACCGGUGGUCCCAGCCGGGAGCCCUGCCAGACAUGGGAAUCUUUCUGAAGGCCAGGGCCUUGCAGAUGUCACCAGGAAAGUGGUGAUCCAGAGAGGACCCGGCUGCCCUGAAGAGAGAGAGUGCUAAAUUCAGUACUGGAAACACAACGGUGGAACCUAAUAUCCAGUUGAUGCUGUACAACCUACAUAAGGUAGAAGAAAUAAGGACAGAGAACAGUUAUCUUUGUAUAAAUUGCCUUGGACAGCCUGGACAUGAAAUGGAGGCAAACGACCAUUUUAACUUUACUGGCCUUCCCCCUGCACCUGCUGCCUCAGGACUGAAACCCUCUCCUUCCUCAGGGGAGGGCCUCUACACUAACGGGUCUCCCAUGAACUUCCCCCAGCAAGGGAAAAGUUUGAAUGGGGAUGUGAAUGUUAAUGGCUUAUCUACUGUAUCUCACACUACUACUUCAGGGAUUUUGAACUCUGCUCCCCACUCCUCCAGCACCUCACACCUCCAUCACCCCAAUGUGGCCUAUGACUGUCUCUGGAACUACUCACAGUACCCAUCUGCCAAUUCUGGCAGCAACCUCAAGGACCCACCCCUUCUCUCUCAGUUUUCGGGGGGACAGUACCCACUUAAUGGCAUUCUUGGGGGCAGCCGGCAACCUUCAUCCCCGAGUCACAACACUAAUCUUCGGGCUGGGAGCCAAGAGUUCUGGGGCAACGGUACCCAGAGUCCCAUGGGGCUUAACUUCGACUCACAGGAACUGUAUGAUUCCUUUCCUGACCAGAAUUUUGAGGUGAUGCCCAAUGGACCCCCAGGCUUUUUCACCUCCCCACAGACUUCACCUAUGUUGGGAUCUAGCAUCCAGACCUUUGCGCCCUCCCAGGAGGUAGGCAGUGUGAUCCAUCCUGAUGAGGCAGCAGAAAAGGAGCUGACUUCAGUUGUGGCAGAGAAUGGCACUGGCUUGGUAGGCAGCCUGGAGCUGGAAGAAGAGCAGCCAGAACUAAAAAUGUGUGGCUACAAUGGCUCUGUCCCCUCUGUGGAGUCAUUACACCAAGAGGUCUCAGUCCUGGUCCCUGACCCCACAGUAGGCUGUUUAGAUGACCCUUCACAUCUUCCUGAUCAACUAGAAGACACUCCAAUCCUCAAUGAAGACUCUCUUGAACCCUUCGACUCUCUGGCACCAGAGCCAGUGAGUGGAGGACUUUAUGGUAUAGAUGACACGGAAUUGAUGGGUGCUGAAGAUAAGCUGCCUCUUGAGGAUAGUCCUGUGAUUUCUGCCCUUGAUUGCCCUUCCCUCAAUAAUGCUACUCCUUUCAGUCUCCUGGCUGAUGACAGUCAAACGUCAGCCUCUAUCUUUUCCAGCCCUGCCUCUCCUCCCGUCUUAGGAGAGUCUGUUCUGCAAGAUAAUAGCUUUGACCUGAAUAAUGGCAGCGAUGCUGAACAGGAAGAAAUGGAGACUCAGGGUUCAGACUUCCCACCACCCCUGGCCCAGCCACACCCUGACCAGCCAUCCACUAUUCAAAUUCAGAUACAUCCAAUAGCCUCACCAGCAGCCUCACCAACAGCCUCCCCAGAAAUCUGCGCUCCAGAAGUCUCCCUAUCAGUGUCUCCAGCAGCCUCUCCACAUCUCUGCCCAACAGCCUGCCCAGUUGUCUCUCCAGUUUCCUCAGCAGUCCUCCCAGCAGUCUCUUCGGAAGUUGCCUUGACAGCUCCAGUGAGCUCCCCAAAAGGCUCCUCUGUAACUUUCCCAGCUUCUGCCUUCCCAGCAAAUAAAGAUAACAACAGCUUCGGUGAAGCCACUGGUGACCUGGAAGAGAUCACUGGAGAAGAAGUCACUACUUCUGGUAGUGCUGAUGUCCUAAGAAGACGUAUUGCUACUCCAGAAGAAGUUCGUCUUCCCCUCCAACAUGGGUGGCGGAGAGAAGUGCGCAUCAAGAAAGGCAGCCACCGAUGGCAAGGAGAGACCUGGUAUUAUGGCCCAUGUGGGAAAAGGAUGAAACAGUUUCCAGAAGUGAUCAAGUACCUGAGCCGCAACGUGGUACACAGUGUGCGCCGUGAGCACUUCAGUUUCAGCCCUCGAAUGCCUGUUGGAGAUUUCUUUGAAGAGAGAGACACACCAGAGGGCUUGCAGUGGGUUCAGCUCUCAGCAGAGGAGAUUCCAUCCAGGAUUCAAGCAAUUACUGGCAAACGGGGUCGACCUCGAAACAAUGAGAAGGCUAAGACCAAGGAAGUCCCCAAGGUGAAACGGGGCCGAGGUCGGCCACCCAAAGUCAAAAUCCCUGAGCUAUUGAAUAAGACAGACAACCGUCUCCCAAAGAAACUGGAGGCCCAAGAAACACUGAAUGAGGAAGAUAAAGCAAAAAUGAGUAAAAGUAAAAAGAAGAUGAGGCAGAAGGUACAACGGGGAGAGUGUCAGACUCCUGUCCAAGGGCAGGCCAAAAACAAACGGAAACCAGAAACCAAGAGUGUAAAACAGAAAGAUGCCAAGAAGAAAUUGAAGGCUGAGAAAGAAAAGAUAAAGACAAAGCAGGAAAAAGUGAAGGAAAAAGUGAAGAAGGAAAAGAAAGAGAAAGUAAAAAUGAAGGAAAAGGAUGAGAUGGCCAAAGCCAAGCCAACUUGUAAAGCAGAUAAGACCCUGGCUACCCAGAGACGCCUAGAGGAACGGCAGAGGCAGCAGAUGAUCUUGGAGGAGAUGAAGAAGCCCACAGAGGACAUGUGUCUAGCUGACCACCAGCCCCUGCCUGAGUUCACACGCAUCCCUGGUUUGACAUUGCCCAGUAGGGCUUUCUCUGACUGCUUAACCAUCGUGGAGUUCCUGCACAGCUUCGGCAAGGUGCUGGGCUUUGACCCUAUCAAAGAUGUGCCUAGCCUGGGGGUCCUGCAGGAGGGACUCCUGUGUCAAGGUGACAGCUUGGGCAAGGUGCAAGACCUGUUGGUACGGCUCCUAAAGGCAGCGCUCUAUGAUCCUGGGUUGCCCUCCUACUGUCAGUCUCUCAAGAUCUUGGGGGAGAAGGUGUGUGAGAUCCCACUGACAAGAGACAAUGUGUCUGAGAUCCUGCGCUGCUUCCUCAUGGCGUACGGAGUAGAGCCAACCCUCUGUGACAGCCUCCGAACUCAGCCUUUUCAGGCCCAGCCACCACAGCAGAAAGCUGCUGUUUUGGCCUUCCUUGUGCAUGAGCUCAACGGCUCCAACCUCAUCAUCAAUGAGAUUGACAAGACUCUGGAGAGUAUGUCCAGCUACAGGAAAAACAAGUGGAUUGUUGAAGGCCGGCUCCGGAGACUGAAAACUGCUCUGGCAAAGCGAACUGGGCGGCCUGAGGUAGAGAUGGAAGGACCAGAGGAAGGCCUGGGACGGAGACGCAGUUCUCGGAUCAUGGAAGAAACUAGUGGCAUGGAAGAGGAGGAGGAGGAGGAGACUGUAGCAGCUGUCCAUGGCCGAAGGGGUCGAAGAGAUGGAGAGGUUGAUGUUACAGCAUCUAGCAUCCCAGAAUUAGAGCGCCAGAUAGAAAAACUCAGUAAGCGUCAGCUCUUCUUUCGCAAAAAGCUGCUUCACUCAUCCCAGAUGCUUCGGGCAGUCUCUUUGGGGCAAGACCGAUACAGACGCCGUUACUGGGUGUUGCCGUAUUUGACUGGUAUCUUUGUGGAAGGAGCAGAGGGGAGCCUAGUUCCUGAAGAUAUGGUAAAGCAGGACACCGAUUCCUUAAAGGCCUAUCCAGCAUUCAUUCCUGCCCUCUUUUCUGUGAAGAGAGAGUUAAAUGGCUCCAACACCUCUGCCAGCUCUCCUGCCCGGACGCGAGGCCGACCUCGAAAAACUAAGCCUGGGUCUAUGCAACCUAGGAACCUGAAGUCCUCUCUCAAGGGCCAGGAUUCAGAACAACCCCAGGCCCAGCUUCAACCCAAGGCACAGCCCGAUCUUCAGCCUCAGGCUUCUACCCAGCCCCAUCUCGAGCCUCAUCCUGAGCCCCAGCCCCAGCUCUGUCAUGGGUUCUUAGAGCCAGAAGGGUCCCCUUUGUCUCUGGGUCAGAGCCAGCAUGACCUCAGCCAAUCAGCUUUCCUGUCUUGGCUGAGCCAGACUCAGAGCCAUGGCUCCCUGCUGAGCAGCUCAGUCCUCACACCUGAUAGCAGCCCAGGAAAGCUAGACCCAGCCCCCUCACAGCCCCUGGAGGAGCCUGAUGAGGCAGAGUCUGGCCCUGAUCCUCCAGCAUCUUGGUUUAACUUCUCAGCCCAGGUGCCCUGCAAUGCUGCCCCUACACCACCCCCUGCAGUUUCUGAGGACCAACCCACUCCUUCCCCUCAGCUGUCUGCCUCCUCCAAGCCAGUGAAUAGACCUAGUACUGCCAACCCGUGUUCUCCGGCACAGUUCUCUUCCACCCUCUUGACUGGCGUAACUCCUAAGAGGCGAGCAGCAGACUCUGGAGAAAAGCCACAGAGUCCCACAGGGCUGGGACAGCCAAAACGGAGAGGAAGACCUCCCAGCAAGUUCUUCAAACAGAUGGAGCAGCGUUACCUAACGCAGCUGACAGCCCAGCCUGUCCCUGCUGGGAUGCGCUCAGGCUGGUGGUGGAUCCGAGAUCCUGAGAUGCUGGAUGCCAUGCUCAAGGCCCUGCACCCCCGAGGCAUCCGGGAGAAGGCACUUCACAAACACCUUAACAAGCACAGGAACUUCUUGCAGGAAGUCUGCUCACGUUCCUCAACUGAUCCCAUCUUUGAGCCUAGUCAGCUCCCUCCCUUUCAAGAAGAGAUUAUGAGCUGGUCACCCAAAGAGAAGACGUACGAAACAGACCUAGCUGUGCUUCAGUGGGUAGAGGAUCUGGAACAGCGGGUUAUCCUGUCUGAUCUGCAGAUUCGGGGCUGGACAUGUCCUAGCCCAGACUCUAUUCGUGAAGACCUGGCCUACUGUGAGCAUCUGCCUGAUUCCCAGGAGGAUAUCACCUGGAGAGGUCGCAGCAGAGAAGGACUGGCACCUCAGCGUAAAAGCACUAACCCUCUAGAUCUGGCUGUGAUGCGACUGGCUGCUUUAGAACAGAAUGUGGAGCGGCGGUACCUACAGGAGCCUCUCUGGUCAGCUCAUGAGGUGGUGCUAGAAAAGGCCUUGCUCAGCACGCCCAAUGGGGCCCCUGAGGGAACCACGACAGAGAUAUCAUAUGAGAUCACCCCUCGUGUUCGUGUCUGGCGCCAGACACUUGAACGAUGCCGGAGUGCUGCCCAGGUGUGCUUGUGCAUGGGCCAGCUAGAGAGGUCUAUUGCCUGGGAAAAGUCUGUCAACAAAGUGACCUGUCUAGUGUGCCGGAAGGGUGACAACGACGAGUUUCUCCUGCUUUGCGAUGGGUGUGACCGUGGCUGCCACAUUUAUUGCCAUAGGCCCAAGAUGGAGGCUGUCCCUGAAGGGGACUGGUUCUGUGCUGUCUGUCUGGCCCAGCAAGUGGAGGAAGAAUUCACUCAGAAGCCGGGUUUCCCAAAGCGAGGUCAGAAGCGGAAAAGUGCUUACUCCCUGAACUUCCCAGAGGCUGAGGGCUGCCGGCGCCGUGUCUCGUCAAGGGGCCGAGAAAGCCCAUCAUCAGUACCCCGGUACUCAGAAGAAGGGCUCUCUCCCUCCAAGCGACGGCGACUCUCCAUGCGGAACCACAGCGAUCUCACAUUCUGCGAGAUUAUCCUGAUGGAGAUGGAGUCCCAUGAUGCAGCCUGGCCUUUCCUGGAGCCUGUAAACCCACGACUGGUGAGUGGGUACCGGCGCAUCAUCAAGAACCCCAUGGAUUUUUCCACCAUGCGGGAGCGGCUGCUCCGGGGAGGGUACACCAGCUCAGAGGAGUUUGCAGCUGAUGCCCUCUUGGUAUUUGACAACUGCCAGACCUUCAAUGAGGAUGACUCCGAAGUGGGCAAAGCAGGGCACAUCAUGCGUCAGUUCUUUGAGAGCCGCUGGGAGGAGUUUUAUCAGGGAAAACAGGCCAAUCUCUGAGGCAAGGGAGGUGGGGAGUCACCUUGUGACCUCACCCUCCACCUUCCAAACAAAAAACCUGCCAUUCACACCUGCUGAUGCUGCCUCCGGUCUGGACUAAAGUCAGAUACAGCCUGAUUUUUGACCCUGCCCUUGGCAGUGCCCACAUCCUUCAUCCCUAGUCCUCUUUCUCCCUUCCUCCUCUUGCUCCUCAAAUAAGAGGUGUAGAGAUGAGGUCCUUCUGGACUGAAAAGCCAAAAAAGAAAAAAUAAUUUUUCCUGUUUUAUUUCCCUAACUAAAAAUAAGGAGGGGGAAAGAAGUUCCUACUUCCUCCUCCCAGCUUCCUCUCCCUCCCUGUCCAUGCCCCAGCAUUCUGGGGUUAUUUAACAAUAGCAAUAGUUCUAGUGAAUGUGUGAAACCGAGAAACACUCUGUACUGUGUGCGGACCCGCAGUGACGGCCAGUAAAGUGGACUUAACCCCCAGGCGUGUCACCGACACGGGCCCUGGACAUGCUGCUUCCACGUGCAGACCCUCCCUGUCUCGCUUCCUCUCAGCUUUCCUCUUCUUUCCUCUCCAUCCCCCAUUUUUUCAGAUUUUCUCAUCCAAUAAUGUAAAACUAUUGUGUACGGGUUCUUCCCUCUUUUUCCUUCAAAUCUUUUCCCCUCAAAGGAGAAAAAUUUAGAAGUCCCUGUCUUUCUCUGUCCUCCUCUUCCUGCUUAUAGCUAUCUCAUCUAAAAUGUCAGAUGCUCCUCACGUACUGAGUUUCCAGCCUUUUCUGAAACUCAGUGGCUGGGGAGAGGGUGGGCUGGCACCUUGGGCCUUCCAACCUCCUUUCCCACCUGCUUCCCAAACUUCCCUCUUGGGAACUCCUCAGGGACAACUACUGCUGAGUUUGGGCGCACCUCUGAGAUGGAGGCCAGGUAGCAAUUGACUGGCCUGAGUGGAAGAGAGGUGGGUGUGUGCGUGUGUGUGUGCGUGUGCGUGUGCGAGCCGUGAUUCUGACCCUGUUUCGUUUGAUGGGAUCCAUUCGUUUUGCCCGUUGGCUCUUUUUAUUUCCACUAUUCCCAUUUUUUUCAUACCAUCACUUUUAUGUCUUUGGGAAAUCACAAGAACAAUUUCUCUGGGUCAUUUCUGUCCAGCCUCUUCAAACUGCAGUCUUUGAGCAGGCGCACUCUUCCCCCAUCGGGAGCUUUGAGUGAAGUUUUUGCAGGAAGAGGGGUAGAACUGGAUCUUUCUUAAUCCCAUGAGCAUCUGUGGGUUUAGUUGUGCUUUCUUUCCUUCCUUUUAUCUACUCAUCCUCCAGGACCCUUUCCCAGCAGCAGAGACCCCUGAGCACAGGUUGGGGAGGGAGCGGGGUUCUGGGUUCACUGCCCUACACACAACCGCCCAAGUUGUGCCCCUUGUCUGUGAGAGGAAAACUGCUCACCCCGACCAUAGCCAUGGCCCUGCUCCUGCUCAGCAGAGCCCCUCCCACCAGAGAUUACGGGUACUUGCACUGGGGAGGUGGCUGCUGGCUGCCUGAGCAGAGCUGAGGCUUCAGAAAUGUCCACUGGUGUGGCGCCGGCCCUGUGCCGGGGAGGUGGAGCGUUCAUUCCAGUCAUUCUGGCAGCACUGAAGAGCCACCAGGGGGCAGGGGCAGUGUAGGUCCUGGGCAGCCCCUCAGUCCUGUACAUCCCUUCUCCCCCCAGAGCCUAUUUCUAAAGUCGCCUUUUCUGUCAGAUAAACCUCAAAACUUUUAAUUUUAUUUGAGAUUUUUUUUUUUUUGCUUUUAAAUAAGUGGAUUGAAGAAUAUUUGAAUUGACUUUAUAUUAUGCAUAAAUAUUUAUAUUUUAUCUAACUGCGCUAUAACAAACUUUGUGUUAGACAUUUGGAACUGUUCCUAGUUGGGGGCUCAUCUUUCUCCCCGUGGCAGUUUUUCCCCUGGUGUAAAACAUAGAUUAAUUUUCAUUGUUGGAGGUGGGGUGGAUGGGGAGUAAGGUCUCGGUUGUUCCUGCAUUGUGUUCCUCUCCCAGCUCCCUCUCUCCAGGGACCAGGCAUUCUGAAGGGGGUUGGGGGCUAGAGAGGGUGGGGACAGGGCAUGAUCAGAGGGGCCAUUUCUGAGUUUCUCUCUCCUCAUCUUCACUGCCCCUUUGAGUCAGGUGGAUUUUCUCUAUUUCAAGAGCAUUUGGUGUCGGGAAGGCAGAUGAAAAGUAAGACGGCCCACCCCCACCCCUUUGUUUCCCUCUCCCUAUCAGUCUCGUAACAGCAAGCAACCACACCAUCAACACCAAGUUUCCAUGUUCCUUUGACAACAGAAGGGACUGACUUUUUAUAUAACCAAAUGUGGUGUUUUAGUGACUUUUUGAUAAUGUACAGUUUUUUGUGAAUUUAAAUUUAUUUCUUUCUAUAUUUUUAGGACCAAUCUCAUUUUUAAUAAGGUUAAAAAAAGAAAAAAAAAAGUCUAGAGAAAAAAGCCUCGUUUUUGCCAUGUGAUGUUUCCACAAGUGCAGCUGUAGAAAAGUGCUUGUCAGUUGAAUAAAAACCACAUUUGAUAGAGAU